AUACGGUUCGCCAAUCGCUGCGUGAGCUGUGCGCGUUGACGUCAGUCUCCUUUUUCUUUGGCCAAUCGCCGUUGGGAUCGUUCCUGUACAUGUCCUGCAUAGAACGACGGUGUGCGGAACAGGUAGAGACUUCUCUCUGCUAAGUCAACGGAGCCGGGCGAUCUGUCGGUAUAACCGGAGCCGCGAUGGAGGUGAACCACACAGCUGAUAUCCUGGGCACCGCCUAUCUGGCCGUGGAGUACGUUGACUCGCUGCUACCGGCCAAUCCACUGCAGGAGCCCAUGAAGGACGCCUGGGACUACAUGAUGGACAACUACACCAAGUUCCAGAUCGCCACGUGGGGCUCCCUCUUCGUCCACGAGUUCAUCUACUUCGUCUUCUGUCUCCCCGGAUUUAUCUUCCAGUUCUUACCCUUCAUGCAGAAAUACAAAAUACAGCAGGACAAACCUGAGACGUGGGAGAAGCAGUGGAAGUGCUUCAAGGUGCUGCUCUUCAAUCACUUCUGUAUUCAGCUGCCCUUGAUCUGCGGGACGUACCACUUCACCGAGUUCUUCUCCAUCCCCUACGACUGGGACUCCAUGCCCAGAUGGCCCUACCUGCUGGCACAGUGCUUCGGCUGCGCAGUGGUGGAGGACACCUGGCACUACUUCCUCCACCGACUCCUGCACCACAGGAGGGUCUACAAGUACAUCCACAAGGUCCACCACGAGUUCACUUCUCCCUUCGGAAUGCAGGCAGAGUACGCCCACCCGGCGGAGACCAUCAUCCUCGGGGCGGGGUUCUUCAUCGGGAUCAUGAUCUUCUGCAACCACGUGACUCUGCUGUGGGCCUGGGUCACCAUCCGUCUGCUGGAGACCAUCGACGUCCACAGCGGUUACGACAUCCCUCUGAACCCGCUGCACAUAAUUCCCUUCUACGCUGGGGCUCGCUUCCACGACUUCCACCAUAUGAACUUCGUGGGAAACUACGCCUCCACGUUUACCUGGUGGGAUAAGCUCUUGGGCACGGAUUCGCAAUACAAGCACCACCAGCACAAGCAGGAUCUGAAGAAGGAGCAGUGAAGUAAUGGGGAAGCUUCGUUGUUUUUUGCGGUUUGUUUUUUUCCCACGCCCCUCUCUUUCUCUCUCAUCUCUGGUUCUGUUCAGUUCGGUCCCGUGAACAGUGAACGCGGCACGAAUAAAAAGAAAGAGAAGGCCCUCGUUAAAUCCCGACACGGCGCUUUGACUUAUAAUGUACGCAAACGUUUGUUGUCUCCGAUACUUAUGCAACGUGACGCCCACGCGCGGUUUUGGCGGUUGCUGAAACCUAGAAGCGCGCUGCGUAAGAAAAAAGCGACUUGCUGGAAAAAAGACAGCACGCGGUGGUUUAGAUUGAAUGGAGGCCAAAGUCAUGUUGGGAUUUAGUACGGGGAAAUUUUCCAGACUUUAGCAUUCUUAAUUCAUCUUUUCGCGGUGCAUCAUCGUUAAUUUGACCGAUUAUCAUCAUUAGCGUUUUA